CACAUGGCACUGAUGCAUACCCAGCCCUCCGGUGAGCCCUGAGCGCUUCCCUCUCCAUUGGCACAGAGAUACAUUCCCCCCCCUUGCCCAUUCGGCCCGGAACGAAGCGGCCAUGGCUGAGGCCGUCCAUUACAUCCACCUGCAGAACUUCAGCAAGUCCCUGCUGGAGACGCUGAACGGGCAGCGCCUGGGCGGGCACUUCUGCGACGUGACUGUGCACAUCCACGAGGCCACCCUGCGGGCCCACCGGUGCGUGCUGGCCGCCGGCAGCCCCUUCUUCCACGACAAGCUGCUGCUGGGCUACUCGGAGAUUGAGGUGCCCGCCGUGGUGCCCAGCCAGGUGGUGCAGCAGCUGGUGGAGUUCAUGUACAGCGGCUCCCUGGUGGUGGCCCAGUCCGAGGCCUUGCAGAUCCUGACGGCCGCCUCCAUCCUCCAGAUCAAGACAGUCAUCGAUGAGUGCACCCAGAUCAUCUCCCAGAGCCGUAGCCCCAAGCCGCCCACCGCUGCCCCCUCCGUGCCCCUCGCCGUCCCCAGGCCACUGGUCGUCAAGCCCCAGGAGCAAACCAAGGAGAGCCCAGGUGCUGUCGGUCUCCCAGCCUCCCGACCCGGUGAGAUGGAGCCCCCUGGCACCGCCCAGCUGGAGGCCCCCAAGCUGCUGUGCGCCUCAGAGGUGCGCUACAAGCUCCGCGACCUGCUCUCCUCCCAGCAGAGGCAGCUGGGGGAGGCCAGAGAGAGGGCAGCGUCCGAGGGGGAACUGACAGCCGCCGGCAGCGACGGUGAGGGGCCCUACAGCGGGCUGCACCCAACCGAGGCUCAGCCCAGCUGCCACAGCCGCAAGCAGCGCCAGCCGGUGCGGCUCCAGCUUUCCGACGCCUUGCCUGUCAUCAUCAAGGACGAGGAGGAGGAGGAGGAAGACGAGGAGGAGGAGGAGGGCGGCGGGGGAAAGAUGACCUGCUUUGGGGAAUGUGGCGGGGGAGCCUUCCCCAGCUGCAGCGAGGCCAAAGACACGGGGGGCGGGAGCGGCGGAGGCGGGGCGGGCAGGAAGGACGGCGUCCAGCUAGACUACCCCGCCGUGGAGGGGCAGGAUUUCUUCGGUGGGCAGGACGUCUUCUCCGAGUCCUUCAUCCCAGCCUGGCAGAGCGAAGAGGGCGGCCAGGGGGCGGCCCGGGAGGGCGAGAAGUUCCGCACCGAUUGCAGCCUGGAGGCCUCCAACAUGAGGACGCUGGCUGGAGACUUCAAGCCAGCCCCGGCCGGCUUCCCGGCCCAGGCGCCCGAGCCCCGCAGCUUGGCCUUCGUCUCCUCCCUGGGCAUCCAGCGGGAGCUGAAAGCCGAGGUGAGCGCCGCCGGACCCGGCACCACCACCACCACCAGCAUCUUCCAGUUCCACCUGCCGCAGCCCGGCGUGGCCCAGAGCUUCUACAGUGUCCAGCAGGAGGCCGGCACCGCCAACAUGGUACAGCUCAGCCCCAGCGCCAUGGUGACGGGCUCCCUGCACGGCGAGCAGGCCCAGCGCCCGGGGCCUUCCCGCUGCUCCGAGCCCUCCUACCAGUGCAGCCACUGCCAGAAGACCUUCAGCUCCCGCAAGAACUACACCAAGCACAUGUUCAUCCACUCAGGCGAGAAGCCCCACCAAUGCAGCAUCUGCUGGCGCUCCUUCUCGCUGCGGGACUACCUGCUGAAGCACAUGGUGACGCACACGGGCGUGCGGGCCUUCCAGUGCUCCAUCUGCUGCAAGCGCUUCACCCAGAAGAGCUCCCUCAACGUCCACAUGCGCACGCACCGCCCCGAGCGCUUCCAGUGCUGUAUCUGCAACAAGUACUUCUCCCACCGCACCCUGCUCGAGCGCCAUGUGGCCACCCACACCGCUUGGAAAGCCGGCGAGCCCGACGUGGCCGGAGGCGCCUGGAAGGAGAAGCCUGACCCGGGAGAAGGCGCCAGCGUCACCGCCUGGAAAGGGGACCCAGCCGCCGAGGGCGCCAUGGUGGCGUGGAAAGGGGACCCGGGCGGGGAAGGCACCAUGGUGGCGUGGAAAGGGGACCCGGGCGGGGAAGGCACCAUUGCAGCCUGGAAGGGGGACUCUGUUGCAGAGGGGGCUCUCCCCACCCAGCCUGCGUGGAAAGGGGACCCUGCUGGAGAUGGCCCCAUGCCAGCCCACACAGCCUAAGAGAGGGGCCCGGCUGGAAUGGGCACAGGUAAAGAGGGGACCAAAGUGAGCCCAUCUCAGCCCAGCCAGCCUGGAAAGGGUCCCAGGCCUAGCACAACCCAUGUGCCCUGGAAAGAGAAGCCGUAGAGUAACCCACUCAGCUCAGAGAGGCAUCUGGGGUACCAGUUACUUUCCUGAUACCCCCCACCCCAGCCGGUACGACGUGCACUCAGGACCGACUGGCUUGGUCAAGUCCUGUUUUGAUCUCCAAGGUGAGUUCUCUCUGUGGGCUCAACUCCCUUCCGAGCCCCCCAAUGGGCCAUGCCCUGUGGACGCUCCCUCCUCCCAGUCACACCAGUUGGGAGCAGUACCAUCCCCUCCAGCAGACCAUCUCUGAGCCAGGUGACAGAAACCAACGGAAACCCUAGCAGUGACCAAAGAGUCUGUCCGGCUCCCUGGGGAAGGGACAGAAAGGAACUGCACAGCUAUGGAGCCCCUAAACCUUCUUUUGUGAGCAGCUGUUCCUCCAUCUUCAGGCGUUCAGAGGUGGAUCAGAGUUCUAGCUACUCCCUGGCUACAGAAUCCCUCACUUGCCAUCGGCGUUCUCCAGCAGCCCUUGUCAUUGCAAAGAGGAACUUCCCGACGUUUGCCUGAGUCUGCGGACAGCCUGAAACAGGCCCUGGGAGAGGCGCAAACUACCCCUUUGGUUAUUAACCCUGAAACUUAACAAUGACCGUUUAAAUGUCGGCAUCACUAACUGCAGCUCUCCCAGUAGUUUUAGCAGCCACAUCCAGCUAACGUACUUGUCCCACAAUGCCAAACAAUUCCCCAGUUCUCAAAUCUCCGCGCUCACUCCCCCAUCGCCCCCUGAGAACAUUGUAUAAGACAGGGUUUGAAGAGCAGUGGGGCACAGAAAAUUUAAGGGCAGAGUAACUAGAGUUCAAUAUAAAAUAAAUAACACACUGACAAGGCACUGAUUGCGCUGAUGGAGGGGUUGCCGGCAGCCGGUGAACCCCUCCUUCUGUCUAAAAAUAUUGCACCCAUAAGUCUUACCUGAGAACACUUAAAUGGAAGGAGAUUAGAGAGCAGAAGUGGGUGAAAUUUUUUAACCGAACCUUUUUUCAAUGUAAAAUGCAGAUUUGGCAAUGCCAAAAAGUUUCACAAAUUCGUGUCGGUUUUGCCAAAUGGUUUUGAGGAGAAAUAAAAUUAAAAAUAACAUUCUGAAGAAAUCAAAAUGUUUCAUUCGGACU